AAAACAUUAAAGUACAGCAUUAGAUAUUUUUGUGUGUCUAAAGUAAGACAAUGUAAUGAUAUGUAGUUUUUAAUAAUUGGCACAAAUGUUAUAAUGAACAGAGGACACGGAGGAGGCUGGACCCAAGUGCAGAAUCGUUUAUUCAGACUCAAAGAACUAGCUGUAUUCUCAGAGUCAUGGACAGGCGAAUGGUCUGUCAGUCGGCGAACUAACAGAGGCGAAGAUCCGAAAUCGGGGGCGAGGGAGAAGGCCGGCAGUCGUUAUCAAACAGAUGUGGAGCAGGACCGGGGAUCGAUGAGGGACGGGACUCUGAAGAGCCAAGUGAGCGCCGGGAUGGAAGGCCACGGCUCGGGACGUUUCCUUUCCAAGAAGAGGAGGAAGGAGGGCUCCAACGGAGAGGCUGAGGAGGGACAGCCGCCGGUCAAGGCCCCCCGAUUUACCGUGGUAAGUAAGCUUGGGCCGGGAGACACGCUUGCGGCUCGGUCUUUGAACGCCAAGUUUCCUCCGCAGGGCCUCGCAGACCCCGCCCCCUUUGCGGACGAGCUGGAGCGCGCAGACGCCGCUCCUUACCGGCGCGUCACUUUGGAGGAGGCGCAGAGCGGCACGGCACCGGAUCGACCGGUGCGCGUCUACGCCGACGGCAUCUUCGACCUCUUCCACUCUGGCCACGCCCGAGCGCUCAUGCAGGCUAAGGGUCUCUUCCCGAACACGCACCUCAUCGUGGGGGUGUGCAGUGAUGAUCUCACACACAAGUUCAAGGGCUUCACGGUGAUGAACGAGGACGAGCGCUACGAUGCGGUCAGUCACUGUCGCUACGUCGACGAGGUCGUUCGCAACGCUCCCUGGACCCUGACGCCCGAGUUUCUGGAGAAGCACAGGAUUGACUUUGUGGCCCAUGAUGACAUCCCCUACUCUUCAGCAGGGAGUGAUGAUGUGUACAAGCAUAUCAAGGAGGCAGGUAUGUUUGCACCAACACAGCGGACAGAAGGUAUCUCCACCUCUGAUAUCAUCACACGCAUUGUCCGCGAUUAUGAUGUGUAUGUGCGCCGCAACCUGCAGCGAGGAUACACUGCCAAGGAGCUCAACGUGAGCUUCAUCAAUGAAAAAAAGUAUCACCUGCAGGAGCGUGUGGACAAGGUGAAGCGUAAGGUGCGGGAUGUGGAGGAGAAGUCCAAGGAGUUUGUGCAGAAAGUUGAGGAGAAGAGCAUCGAUCUCAUCCAGAAGUGGGAGGAGAAGUCACGUGAAUUCAUCGGCAACUUCCUGCAGAUGUUUGGCCCAGAGGGGGCGCUGAAGCACAUGCUGAAGGAGGGCCGAGGGCGCAUGCUUCAAGCCAUCAGCCCCCGGCAGAGCCCCAGCAGCAGCCCGACGCACGAGCGAUCCCCCUCCCCCACUUUCCGCCUGCCCUUCUUCACCAGGACAUCGUCCCCCUACCGCGGCAGCACUGUUGCAGACCCUAUCAGCGAGGAUGAGGAGGCUGACUGAUAGAGCCCACCUCCAGCUGGCAGCUCUGUGGGCAGCAAUGGCAGUGAGUGCAGAGGCAGAACCGAGAAAAGGUUUUGACGUGUUGUGUAGCUUUUACUGUAGUUCAAAGCUGUACUUACAGGAGUGAUUACAGUACAGAUACCACUGGGGGCAGAAACAACACACACACACACACACACACACAGCUGGAGUUUUCCUCAUCUGAAAAUGUGAUGCUUCUCAUUCUAACUAGUGGAAUCGUCACAAUCUGAUCUUCCAUGGGACGACCGUCUGUCCACGUGUUUUUAAACAUUAAGUGCUAGAAAGAACAGGUUCUUACGCAGUCCUUUCUGUUGAGCGCAAAGGAACCCAGAGGAUAAAAGUAAUGAAGCCAUAAUAUCUGCUCCUGGGGGGCAUUUUAGUGACAUUACUGUAAAUUGUCCUUGUGAAUCAGAACCAUCUCAUCUCCUUUCAGCCAUGAGCUGUGGAUUUCCACCCCUUUUAGCUGUGACACCUGAAAGUAUGAGUGAACCUGUCACUCUGUCAGCUUUAUAACCACGGUUGAAUUGUAUUUAUGGACUGCUAUUUUAAAACGCCAUUAUUUUUAGCCAUACUAUGUAUUUACAAAUUAAUUUGUCCUUUCUUCCACUAUGAUUUUCUGUUGUCAGUAUCAUGUUGCGCUGUGACAGCACAAAGGCUCUUGAGCUGUACAAUAAAUUGUCAAAUCAGA